AUGCGAUCCUGCUUGAAAGGCUUCAAUGCAGAGCCAGAAGGACUUGAAAAAUGCCACCUCGACUUUGGGGCACAGCAACAGAAUGAAGCUUACACUUCCCCUCUUUCUUCGGUUGCAAGCCGAUCGAGCCCAGAUGCAACCCUGACAACAUGCAAGGUACAGAAACGCAAAGAAACUUGUGUACUAGUAAUUCAGUCAACUCGAGUAGCCCAAAGUGAGCAAAGGAGGGAUAGUGGAGAUUUUUCCAUAUUUCCACGAGAAGGCCUCGCAAUCAACAUUCGAUAG